CAAUGGGCGGCAGCGGGCGGGGGUACAUCCGGGUGAGUGGUAGGUAGCUGGUCGCGGCGGCGGACUUCUCUCCGAAGCAAAAUGGACGGUCGUUAUUCAGGCUCAUAUGGAAACUGGAACGCUGAAUCAUCCGGCGCAGGCUAUGAUGUCUAUGACUACGACUAUGGCUAUGGACAAGGCUCUGGAUCAAACUAUGGCUAUGGUGGCAAAUCAUGGGACUCGCACAGAGGCAAUGCCAGCCAUAAUUCUGAUUCCAUUGUUACUAAAAUUAACCAACGGUUAGAUUUGCUUUCUCGUAACGACAAUGACGAACAGGAAAGGUUUGCUCCUUUUGAGUCCUAUGACUCCAGGUCUUCAUUAGACGACCGCGAUCUGUUCCGACCUGGCUUCGAUUACAGUGAAUCUGGACCUUAUCGUAAUGAUUCCUAUGGAGGUCGUUUUGACCGCUUUGACAACUUCAACAGGAACCGCAGGGAUAACUUCCGCUACAGAGCACGUGAUGGUCCGGGCAAGUUUCGGGGUCAGAACUGGUCUAGAGACUGGGUUCCAAAUAACAGGCCUUACCGGAACGACCACUUCUCAUCAUCGAGUACCGAGCGACUGUCGGCGUGCUGGAAUGAGAUGUCGAUGGGAAUGGGUGGCAGGGGUUAUGCUGCUCCCUCCAGGAACCCCCCUUCGCUCUUCUCCCAUGCCUUCACCUCUGGCUAUGGGUCAUAUGGCAUGCAAGGAAUGGGAAAACAGUUUGGAGGUUACAGACCACGAAGGAGAGAUUGGAAUCGGGGCAGAGGUAGGAGAGGUAGAGGUGGAAUAAUAGGUGGAAUGAAGAGGAAGCAAUCAACUGGAAGCAAUGAUGAACCAGACUUCAAAAUGUCAAGAACAGACCAGUCAGAUUUAUCAGACAGUGAAGAAGAAGAGAGGGACGCAGAUGAUGCAGAAGAUGCUGAAGAUGUUGCUGCAGGUGACGCAAGUGCUGGGGUUGAGGAUAAAGAAUCAAGUGAUAACCCUGAAAAGGAGAAAAAAGAAUCUGCUGAGGGUGAAGAUGACGAGUCCAAGAAAUCUGGUGACCUCCAAGAAGAAACUAGUGACAGUAAAAAGAAGCAAUAUAUCAAAGAGAAACCAAAGAAGAAGCAGCGAGAUCGUAUUACAGAAAGGAUAAUGUACGUCUGCUCAGUUUGCAAGUUUCGCACCUUUGAUGAUGAUGAAAUUUUCCCUCACUUGGAAAGUAAAUUCCAUAAGGAAAACUUCAAAUUCAUUGGGACCAAGCUUCCCAAACAAACUGCUGACUUUUUGCAUGAAUAUAUUCUGAACAAGAAUAAGAAGACUCUGAAGUUCCGUGAUGCAAUGGAAGAUAAAAAUGCAAUUAAAAAGAGGAUCCAGGAACAAAACCUAUUGCAUGGUAUUAGUAUUGACAAUUUCAUGAAGAAGGUGGAAGCUGUUCACUGUACGGCUUGUGAAAUGUUUAUUCCGAUGCAAUACAAUGCCAUCCAGCGACACAUGAAGGCCCCUGAUCACAACAGAAAUAGAAAAUUGAUGCUCGAGCAGUCAAAGAGGGGUGGCCUUCAAGUAGCAAAGAGUAUUCUGAAUAAUCGAAAUAUUGGGAGCAUGUUGGAGAAAUAUUUACAGGGUGACAAUCCAUUUACUGAAGAAGAUGCUAAAGAUGAUGAUGCUGUUGAUGACUCUGUGAAGGGAGAGGGACAUAAUGAGAGUGUUACAGGUGAAAAUGCUGGAGACAAAGGUGAAACUCCAGAAGGGGAGGGGGCAGAAGAGCCUGGGGCAGAGCUAAAAGGAAAUGAAGGGGGCGAUGAAAUUGUUAGUGCACCCAAGACUGCUGUAGAGCCACCUGAGAGAGGGGUUGAUAUCACUGAUGAAGAACCUGACUCCAAUAUGACAGCAGAUCGGGAUGGUGAAGAAUCCCUUCCAGUAGGUAAAGACACCAAAGCAUCUCUCUUAGCUGAAGAUGAAGACAAUAUCUCAGAAGUUCCUGCAGAAGGAAAUCCCGAUGAGUGUUCUCCAGGUGAAAAUGAUGCAGAAGAAGAGACAGAAUAAUUCUCAUAUGAAUAAACAUCACUCCUUAUUUCCCCUCUCUCAUCAUUAAAUUCUCUAACUACAUUGGAUCUGAAUCAAUGAAAUGUAUUUUAGUUAACAACGAAUACUGUAUGGUUCUGGAACAUCCUGCAUUUGGGGCAAUUCCAUGCUAUGACUGUCCCAAAUCUGGGAUGGCUCUUCCUGGCUUUGUCAAACAAUUUUUACGUGAAAUGCUGUUUUUCUGUGAAAGUGCUUUGUGAGUGCAUUUGCCCUGUUACCUUUUAAAAACAAAUCUUCCAGAAUAGGUGACAUUGACCUGUGUGAUUCAUUCAGGAUGCGCACAGAACAUUAUGGAAAUGGUUUGUCCUGGUUAAUUUGUUGUUUUUAUAAAAGGAUAUUCAGAAUUAAGAUUAUCUGGACACUUGCAUGAACAUAGGGAUUUUUUCCUACAUGGCAAAAAAGAAUUGGUAGUUCCCUGUGUUUAGUGGCGUGGUGAGACUCCUCAAAACUCUGCUGUGUUUCGAUCUUUGGUUUGAAGAUGUUGAUGGGGGCGUCAUGAAUACAAUCUGCUUCGGGAAAAACUUGCCUGGCAACGCUUACUAUUCUUACAUUGCCUUUAAAGGUGAGCAGAAGUUGUAUUGUGCAAUCAAAACUUUCUACACCAAAUGUUUAAAUAAAACACAACUUAUUGGAGAUGUGACCGAACAUGUGUUUUCAGUUGGUAUUUUUGACUAAAAGUUGAGUUUUGCUCUGGAGUUUAGCAAUACCAUCUGGGUACUGAUGGAGUGUAAUGCUUGUUUUACUACUGGAAAGAGGAGUAGUUGCUUGAAUGGAGAUAAUUGUAUACAAUAAAAUAUUAAACCCUUUUUAUAAAUGUUAA